AUGGACCGAACCAUCCAAUCGCUGCUCAUCCGCGAGCGAUACUACCGCGAUACAAACCAAUGGGCAAAGCUCCGGUCCAGCUAUCAUCCGGAUACAUCGAAGACGCGCAUCGACAUUACCUGGUACCAGGGUGAUAUUGAUGGAUUUGUGUCCGGCUCCCGCGCCAUGGCCGCCAGUGGUACAGGCGCCAUCCAUACCAUCUCGCCGGUGGAAAUUCACUUGGAGAGUGACAAAGCCCUCGCGGAGUCCACGGGAUCAGUCUCAAUCCGUUUUCCGUAUAGGGGUCGGAGCUACGACUGCGUUGCAGUGACGCGAUUUAUUUCACGUUUGGAGAGGGUAUCCGGCCGAUGGAAACUCCUUUCGCUGGAGGCAAUUUAUGACCGAGACUGGAUAACGCCAGUGCUGCCGUACGCAUCAGAUAACGUGUUGCCACUGCCUGUCGAAGGGCGGGAGAGCUACAAGUGUAUUUCCUGGGUCCUUAGCCUGAGAGGUUUCACAAUUAAGCCAGAUUUGCCGGGCGUGGACGACCCUGCAUCCUGCGCGCGGCUGAUGGAAGAGAGUAUGGAGUGGCUAUAUGAAUGAUUCAAAAACAAGAAUUCCAU